AUGACCGGUCUGACCGGUCAGAUUGCUGAAAACAACAAUUCGGCCGAUCCUUCCAAUUCCAAAGGGAAGGCCGAGGUUGUUGAUUGGAGGGUGCCUAUUGUGACAUAUUUAAAGAACCCUGGUCAUGGUGCAGAGAGGAAUAUUCAGCAUUUGGCAUUUAAAUACAUUUUGAUCGACGAUGAGCUUUAUCAUCGGACCGCCGAAGAUAUACUUCUCAAGUGCUUAGAUUCUGAUCAGACUCGUGUUGCUAUCGGAGAAGUUCAUGAAGGCAUCUGUGGACGCGACAUCAGGAACCAAGCUAUGCUCCAGCAGCUGGAGAUGCUGAGUGAAGCCCGUUACAUGCAUGACACCUUCAGGUACCAAUCUCACAGUGAGAAGGACACCAAAGAUCAGAUUGUGAGUCAUUCUUUCUCUCUAUCCAAAGUAAAUUAUCAGAAAGGAAUAUGUUCUUCCAAUAGAAAGACACUGAUUUUGGAACAAUUGCAAGAGGCCCUUGACAAUUUGAACUGUAUGAUCCUUGAUAUGAAAGAGCUGGUUGUGUUCAUGAGCAGCUACCCUCACCUCUACCGCCAGCCAUAUAGCAUGCAUCUACUGCUAGGCAACUGCAUGUUCGGCCGCCAAAUGGAAGCAGAGCUUGUGCUCAAUUUCCUAUUGCACACACAGCCUCAUGGUGCUGAAGAAUUGGAGGUCCUGCCAGUUGUUGGUCCAGGCAGAGUUGGCAAGACCACCCUUGUCACACAUGUUUGCAAUGAUGAAAGAGUUCGUGGUCAUUUUUCAGAAAUCAUGUUCUUGAGUGACCAUGAUUUGAAAGAUGAAAACUUAUCCUAUAUUGGGGAAAGAUGUGUGAAGAAAUAUCAAACUUCCAUGUUGAACAAACAUGGGAGAAUGCUAGUAAUUGUUGAGGUGGCUGGAGACAUCAACAUAGAUGAGUGGAAGAGGUUUUAUGCUGCUUCAAAAUGGUGUAUGAGAAAUGGUAGUAAAUUCAUAAUCACAAGUCGGUCUGACAAGAUCACGAAGCUUGGGACGGUGAGGGCAGUAACAAUGAAAUAUUUAUCCGACGAAGCGUACUGGUACUUCUUCAAGACACUUACAUUUGGAAGCACAGAUCCCAUGAUGCACCAGAGGAUGGCUUACUUGGCCAUGGAGAUAGCCAGGAUGAUGAAUCAAUGUCUCUUAGGUGCAACCGGUACUAUCUGCGUGCUGAUGAACAACUUUGACAUCCGCUAUUGGUGCAAGGCUCCUCCAAUCACUACCCAGUCACCUGGGGUGUGA